GAUGAUGAUCGCCCUGAACACUGUUUCUCAUUUUAAAGACAGAGCCCCGGGUUUCACCCGUCCAUUAACAUUGCCUUCUGACCUUUGUUCCAACUCGCGCCGUCUCCGCCGAUAGUGGCUCGUCGAUUCCUAAACUUGGCGUUGCGAUAGCUACCUGUGGCAAAAUGGGGACAGGUCCUCUCGCGCAUAAGAUAGCAGAAAGUUGAACACUUUGUGAGGUGGACAGCGUCAGCCUUCCCUCGUUGACCGGCACGAGCAGUUUCUAGCCCUUUCAUAAGGAUGAGAUGGCGCGGCUCGCCUUAGAUCCAAGACCGAAUCCCUCAUCGCCCGAUGCUACCUGACAAUGCCGACAGUGCCAUUCCUCAUGCCUCGGUUCAUUUCAUGAGCCGCUCUUCUUUUGAUAACAAGGACAGGACCGAGUGCAAAGCCAGGGAGGUCAUGUAUGUCGCUGCUGGCAGACAGAUUCCACGGGACGAACAUUACAGCCUAAGUCCGUUAGGAAGGAGAUAUAAGAGAAGGACUCCUACGACCUGUUGCCUGCCGUCAUCAGCCAGGUCAUACGACCUGGAGUCACUUCAUUUCAACGACCGUGGGGGACAUCUACUACCACCGACAAAGCAAGGGACGCAUUCCAGGUUGCUUCGAUAGUGGGUGAGAACCAGCUGCGGGCGGCCAACUGGCUGGGAAACACCUGCUCACAGUCAAUGAAUCUUGGAUACCGGACUCUUGAGUGCACCGGCCACUAGCUGGCGGUACCCCUGGAGGUCUGGGAAGGCACCAUACCUUCUUAAAGCAGCUGGGUUGAGCCUCAGAUUGUGGCUGGCGUCUCACCUUAUCACAGCAUGUGCCCGGCCCGUGCGACCUUGCGAAUGCAGUUUGGGAAGUUGGGGAACAGCUGCAGAAUUGCUACCCGCCUUGCUGCAUGACGCCUUCGGCCGAUGCAAUUGAGCAAGCACCACCGCCAAGCCCGCCUCCCCCGCAUUUUGUCCGAUCCCAAGCCGCAAGCCUGCAACUACAUUUGGUUCCUACUGGACACGCUUGAGUGCUCUGUGCCAGAGGGAGGGCACAAAGUCGAAUGAGAAAUCGCCAAAGUGCGCUGAUGCAGGAACGGCCUGUGAGUCAAAAGCACGCAGGACCGGACAAUGCUGAUCCCCAUAUACCGGGACCCAGAGUGCGUGCUACUGCCCUGAUGCCACCCUUGUCAAGAGACUUGAGACGGCACCUGCCAAGCACUGCGCCAGCCCAUGAUCCCCAAAUCUCGUCAACCUCAUCGCGCCAACCUGUCAUGGGUCUCGCCGGGUCGGGGAAACAAUGGCGCUUGUACUGGAAUCCCCGCAAAAUAAGAGAGUAUGCUUCUUUAACAAGGCGGGAGCGCCGACCUUUAGCUGCAUCAGCGGUCACCCUGAACGCGCUCAGGUGAGAUGCAACCCCUGAAUCGGCGGAAUACUAUCCGGAUCCGGCAGGUCCCUUCACUCGGACUAAACCGCGGCAAUCGACUCCAUCUUGACCGCUCGUGAUGACAUUCGUCAGCAUAUGGCUUCUGUCCCAUACUUGCGAUUCGGCUCGCCGCGCCUCUGUUACCCGGCUGCAAGCCAGUAGCGUCACGGUCGGGCUAUACCCGCGUCACAUCAAGUUUCGAUGACUAGCAUGUCCUUGUAUGUGAUUCUCGUCUAAAGUCCGACGCGGCUCAAGACGAGGCUCUCGGUGGAACCUUGGCUAAGCUUAAGUUGGAAGUUGAUCUAAAGCUGACCGGCAGUUGCGGUUAACAGAACAUCCGCUCCCACGAUCAGGCGCCAUCGACUCCCGUUGCAGUCGCCGAGGCCCCUAUUCACACGAAGCCACGGACAUGACUGUCUCUUCACAGCUCAUCUGUUUGACUGAGUUUAGCACUUAUCUUCUUCCCAAGCAGUACCAGUGGGUUUACCGCUCCGAAGAAUCAGCAAUCAACGCGUCAACACGGCCGUUCUGGUUUGGUGUUCGUGCGUGUUCUUGGCUAGGCCGAGUACCAAGACCAGCACCCCCACAUGUUCAAGGACUCUUGGUGCCUUAGCUGCUCAGGUGCCAUGGUUUGGUGGCAUCGUGCCGUCUCAUGGAGCGUAUCCAUAUUGCGCGCCUACCGGAAAGUGCAGGUCGGCCGAGAAGGGACCCCAAUCCUGCAAUGGACUUUCGAAAGCCCCAAAGUAUGCCAUGAAUGGCGGAGUCUACGCGCAAGCCACCUUCCUAAUUGCUCCAUAAGUGUGUAAUGCCGGGCUCACCUGGGCUCAUCCUUGCUCCCGCUAUUGUUACUCGAAACACAGGUACCAGCUUCCAGGAGACUGCCGCAUCUCUUGUCCUUGAGGCAGAGGCGUCAUGGUUGACGGAGCCCGUCCGCUUGAAUCCUACUUGAGCUUCUCGGAAUAUAAAAUGCGAAUCCCUCGUCGCCACCAAAGUGAUGACCCUUACUUCCUUAGCAAGGACUCUCUUCCGGAACUUGUCGUGCUGAUCACUGAGAUCAACCUCGACCCGGCUAUACAUUCUUCGCCAUGAAGUCUCUUCUCCUUCUCGGCCUCACAGGCCUUGCUGCCAACGUGCAAGCUCACCCUCAGAGGAGGGAGCCCAAUGACUCGCCUCUCUCCAAGCGUGGUAUCGACCUUGAAAAAUUCCGUCUUCCUGAAAUUUCCGACUACACAACCUCGUCGAGUGCCAAGUCCGAUAGCUCGGUCGCCUCCAUCAAUAAGCGCGGCGACUAUCUCGAAGCCGCCAAGGAGCUGGUAAAGACUGCUGCCCCCGGUGCUGAAUACCGCCUGGUCAAUGACCACUACGUCAGCUCCGACGGCGUUGCCCACGUAAACUUCAAGCAGACCCUACACGGUAUCGAUAUUGACAAUGCCGACUUUAACGUUAACGUUGGCAAGGACGGCAAGAUCUUCUCGUAUGGCAAUAGCUUUUUCAAAGGCGAGGCGCCUAAAGAGAACCCGCUCAAUAAGCGUGACUUCUCCGACCCCGUGACUGCCCUUAAGGGCGCAAUCGAUACUCUCGGCUUAGGAGUAACGGUCAAGGACGCAAAGGCUGAAGCCAAAGACGGCAAGGAGCACUUUGCCCUAAAGGGCACCAAGGGGGCCGUUAGUGACCCCGACGCUAAGCUCGUCUACCUUCAGAAUAAGGAUGGCAAGCUUUCCUUGACCUGGAGAGUCGAGACCGAUGUCAUGGAUAACUGGCUCCUGACUUAUGUCGAUGCUUCCAACACCAAGACCGUUCACGGUGUUGUCGACUACGUGUCCGACCUGGCGACGUACCAGGUCUACCCGUGGAGCGUGAACGACCCGACCGAGGGCCAGCGCACCGUUCUUCAGGACCCUUGGAACUCAGCGACAUCGCCUUUCACGUGGAUCAGUAACGGACGGUCCAACUACACCACGACCCGCGGCAACAACGCCAUUGCGCAGGUGAACCCUUCCGGCGGCGACGGGUACCUCAAUAACUACAGGCCUAACAGCCCCAGCCUGAAGUUUGAGUACCAAUACUCGCCUUCGCAGCCCAAUAAAGAAGCCUACCGCGAUGCUUCCAUAACGCAGCUGUUCUAUACUGCCGACAAGUACCACGAUCUGCUAUAUGUCCUGGGCUUCGACGAGAAGGCCGGCAACUUCCAGGACAAUAAUAACGGCAAGGGUGGCAUCGGCAACGACUUUGUCAUCCUUAACGCUCAGGACGGCUCGGGCACCAACAAUGCUAACUUUGCCACGCCCCCUGACGGCAGGAAUGGUCGCAUGAGGAUGUAUAUGUGGACUAGCGCCACGCCGGCGCGCGACUGCUCGUUCGACGCCAACGUCGUGCUCCACGAGUACACGCAUGGCCUGUCUACCCGUCUGACUGGCGGUCCGAGUAACUCUGGCUGCCUUAACGGCCUCGAGUCCGGCGGCAUGGGCGAAGGCUGGUCCGACUUUAUGGCCACAGCGAUUCGCAUCAAGGCCACAGACAAGCGCACCAAGGACUAUACCAUCGGCUCGUGGGUCGCCAACAAGCCUAACGGCAUUCGCGCCUAUCCCUACUCCACCAACACCAACACGAACCCAUACACGUACGCCGAUGCCAACCAGCAGCGCGAGGUGCACGCCAUGGGCACCAUCUGGGGCACCGUCCUGUACGAGGUCAUCUGGAACCUCAUCGACAAGCACGGCAUCACCGACAAGGACUUCCCUGAGUUUGACUCGGCUGGCGUCCCCAAGGACGGCCGCUACCUCACCAUGAAGCUCAUCAUUGGCGGCAUGGCCAUCCAGCCGUGCAACCCCAACAUGGUCUCCGCGCGCGACGCCAUCAUCGACGCGGACAAGGCUCUCACCAAUGGAGGCAACCAGUGCGAGUUGUGGAAGGCGUUUGCGAAGCGUGGCCUCGGUGAGGGCGCUAGAUACGGCUCGACCAACCGCGUCGAGAGCUUCGAUGUUCCUGCCGGCGUGUGCUAAACGCCCGAGGGGCCCGCAUUGUCUUGAUUUCUUUGUCAAUAUUCUCUGCCACUUAUAGGCUGCCGCGCGGGACGUGGGAUGCGAGCAAGGCUGAGUUUUGAGUAGGAGACGCGAGGCAUGAUGCUAGCAGCGCGGCCGACUCAUGUCGAGUACGAGGUUCGCAAGCCCGGGACGUCCACAUUCAGAUGAGUGAAAAUACAUAGCGAAUCAGACCGUGAUGUCACCA